CAAAAAUCUCAAUGUCCAAAAGGUAAAACUAUCUGUAGUUAAACAACUUGUGCAUAUGUAACUGUACACAUUCAUUCACAAUUAAAUAUUAAAAAAACAUUCAAAAAUUAAUGGUGUGAUAGUCUACAGUUCUGUGUUCAUAACUGAAUUAUCUUAUAACACGGAAUUAUGCAUAUUCCCUCUAAGAAUUCGCAAUACGGUGGUAUUAUUGCAGGGAUAUUAAUUCUAUCAAAAGUUAUACACGGGGCAAGGAUCAUGUUCUAUUUUGCACUAACUUCGUACUCUCAUCGAAUCAGUGUAUGGCCCCUCGUUGAAAAUUUAGCAGCAAGAAAUCAUUCAAUCACAUUCGUGUCGCCAUAUCGGUCAAAAACUGGUCUCCCUGCCGGAGUUGAAGACUACGUGCCAAUGGCCCUGCACAAUUUUAUUUCAGAAAUUUCAAAACUAUCAAAUCCUUACAAAACCAGAGUGGAGGGAACAUCAACUAUGCAAACGUUCAAAGUUCCGUUCAUGGGCUUCGUCCUGUGCGAGUUUCUUUUGAACGAUGCAGAAUUUCUGGAGUACGUCAAAACGAACAAGUUUGACCUGGUGGUGGUGGAUUCGUUUGGAAAUGAGUGUGCUUAUGGGUGGACAUUUUUGCAUGGUGCGAAACUCAUUUUGUAUUCGAGCGGGAAUCCGAGAGAGUGGCACGUCGAUACGGUGGGUUAUCACGAUGAGGGGUCUUGGAUUCCGGAUAAAAUAUUCCAUCCCGACCCUCCACUAACUUUUUGGGACAGAUCCAUAGGAUUGUUCGUACCACUUGUGUAUCACUUCGUUCGGGAAUACCUCCUCUUCCCUAAUCUGGAAGAUAUCAUUCGAGCCAAACUUUGCCCGAAUUUCCUUUCGGGAUCGGAUUUUGAGAGGAAUAAUACCAACUUGGUUUUAGUAAAUGGUCAUUAUGGAGAAGAUUUUGGGAGACCACUUCCCCCAAAUGUGGUUUCCGUGGGGGGCAUGCAGUGCAAUAGGAGUAGGAACGAGCGUUUGCCAAGGGAGAUCGCCGAGUUUUUGGAAGGAGCCAAUAACGGUUUUAUUUACACGAGCUUCGGAAGUUUCCUUCAAGUCGACAGUUUACCAAAGGAACGAGUUGAAAUGAUUAUGAGAACACUGAAAAGAGUGAAUAAUUCAAAGAUUUUGUUGAAAAUGGAGAAAUCUCAAGCAAGGCGCUAUAACUUACCAAAUAGUAACAUUUAUACAAUGGAUUGGACGCCGCAGAGAGAAAUUUUGGCUCAUCCCAAAAUCCGAGCGUUUAUUUCACACGCUGGAUUACUCGGAAUCCAUGAAGCCAUUUGCUAUGCCGUCCCUUUACUGACAUUUCCCAUGUUUGGAGACCAGGAUUCCAAUGCGGAUAAGGUUGCUGGCAGGAAAAUUGGGCUAAAGUUGGAAAUCACUACAAUUACGGGAAACCAAUUUAUGGCAGCUAUAAAAGAAGUUUUAACGAAUAAAUUAUAUGCAGAAAACAUGGCGCGACAAUCCGCAAUUUUCCGAGACCGCCCUUCCCACCCUGUCGACACGGCUGUUUGGUGGACUGAAUACGUCUUACGACACAGUGACACUUCACACCUUCGCCCACUCUCUGUACAUCAGCCGUGGUGGAUGAAGCGACACGUGGAUGUUUGGUUUUGCAUCUUUUCUUCAAUAUCAAUCAGCCUAACGGUGUCCGUUUUGAUUUUUAAAAUAAUUAUGAAAGCUUUAUACAUUAGAUACACGCGGAGGAGAGAUAUCAAAGAAUCUCCUAAAUUGAAGGAAUCAUAAUAAUAAAUCCAUGAACGUAC